AGCAUUAGAGAAAUUUCUCUUUAGUUUUAUAUACAGCCAGUAUUCGUGUUCUGGAUCGUUGAGAAGUGAUCACGAAGAAUCAUAAACAAUGAUCUCAAAUCUUACACUUUCGGUGUUACGACCCUCCAGUCUUUUCUGUUUUUGGUCAAGAUCCGGUCAAAGCAAGGUUUUUCGAUUGUUUGCUGCUGGCAUGACGACUUGGCAUUCAGAAAUGCCAAGAGUUGAUCUACGAGAAACAGCGGACAAGUCUCUUUCAAAGGGUCAACCUUUUUACAGCCAGGAAUAUCAACAACAUUUCGAAAGCGCCAGAGAUGAUCCCGAAAGCUUUUGGGCUGAGGCUGCUCAGGAAAUCACCUGGUACAAACAAUGGGAUACAGUUUUAGAUAAUAAAAAUCCGCCUUUUGCCAAGUGGUUUCCAGGUGGUCUUUUGAACGUGUGUCAUAAUGCUGUAGAUAGACAUGUGGAUGCAGGUCUAGGAGACCGUCUAGCUAUUAUUCAUGAUAGCCCAGUAACAAAUACAGUCAGGUUCAUUACAUACAGACAGUUGCAGGACCAGGUUUCUAGUUUAGCAGGUACGUUUGCGCAAUGGAAUAUCAGAAGAGGAGAUCGGGUUGUAAUCUAUAUGCCAAUGAUACCAGAAGCAAUUAUUGCCAUGUUAGCUUGUGCUCGUAUUGGAGCAAUUCAUUCUGUCGUGUUUGGGGGAUUCGCUGCUCGAGAACUGGCUAUUCGAAUGAACCAUACUGAGCCAAAAUUGGUAAUUUCGGCUUCGUACGGUGUUGAACCAAACAGAUUAAUAGAAUACAAGCCCAUUUUGGAAGAAGCAAUACACCUGUGUGAGCAUAAACCUGAAAAAUGUAUUAUAUACAACAGGCCAGAGAUG